AAAACAAACGUGCAAGAAGUCACAGAUAUGUGAUCCUUCAGCAUUUUCAUGCAUAAUUUCAAAGUAUAGUUGAUAUUUGUCGCUUUUUCGUUUGCAAACGCUUGAAAAGACCAAUGUGUUCUUCAAACAACCUGGAAUGAAUUUACAAUUACACUUCUGCUUGUGUUCCCUGCGACAGAUUAAAAAUGCUGGACCAAAAUACUGUGCAGCAAGAAUGCAAUUUCUUUCACGUGUGGACAAAUGUACGAAAAUUUCAGCAGUCGCAUUAUCACAAACUUCUUCAAAGAAGCCAUGCUAUGAUGAUACUGAUAAGGUAGAUCGAGUUGAGGUCUUGAUGAUAAAAAAUCUACUUGGUAAAUCUGUCGGAAGCAUUACCUCAGUGGGUGAAGGACCCUGCACUUCAAAAUAUGGAGAAUUCAAUCAUAGGAAUCAGUUGAUUUUGCAAAAUAUAUUAUUGGGACCAAAAUAUUCUAGGAAAACGCAAGAGCAACUUAUCAAAGAAAAUUUAGUUGGAGUUAAUGAUGAGAUGUGGUAUUUAGCGAAGAUUGAUGGUGAAUGUCCAAAAAAAGAUCUUAGAGACAAUGUCGUUCAGCUCAGAAAUUCGAUCGUGCAGAACAAGGCACAGUGCAGUAAAGAUGAUUCCGUUAUUAAAAGAAGAACAAGCAGUGGUCCUUCAUCAGAGCAACUAGCACUUGUACAUCUGAAGUUACGUGAGGAGCUUCCAAGUUUUUUUUAUGGUCAUCAUCAAUAUUCUAUCUAUAGUAAGAAUAUUCUAUUUGAUAACAAAUUAACGAGAACUAGGACAAGGACUCUGAAAUCUUACAAGUACAUAAUGAACCUAAUGGCGUAUGCAGGUAGAUUUUUCUGGACAGGAGCAACACUCGAUAUAAUUCGUAUUACGAAACAUUCCGAAGAUAACACAAUCAGAGUUCGCUGGACAGCCAAAGGAAUCCCUUGGUACAGACUGCCUUUCUUUUCACUUUCUGGCAAACCACAGUCGCUGUUUUAUCGAUAUGUCGAUGGUUUCUCAAUAUUUGAAGUGGGACGUGAUGGACUUGUUCAUUGCCAUCGCUUAGAUAAGGUUAUACCUGCCUCUACUCCAGAGCGCCAAACAUGGAGGGAUCAUCAGAAUGCAGGUUUUAUCUUUGUUGAGCCUGGGAGAGAUCAGGCAAGAACCGUGUCCUUAUGAAGCAUUUCAAGUCAAAACUGA